AUGGCUGACCAGAAGACUGCUCCCACCAAUCCCAUGAAGGAGCUUCGCAUAGACAAGCUCGUUAUCAACAUCUCUGUGGGCGAGUCUGGUGAUCGUUUGACGCGAGCCUCGAAGGUACUCGAGCAGCUCACUGGACAAACACCAGUGACUUCGAAGGCACGCUACACCGUUCGCACGUUCGGUAUUCGUCGCAACGAAAAGAUCGCUGUGCACGUCACCAUCCGCGGACCGAAGGCGGAGGAGAUCCUCGAGCGCGGGCUGAAGGUCAAAGAGUACGAGCUCCGCCGCAGGAACUUCUCCGAGACCGGGAACUUCGGCUUUGGCAUCCAGGAGCACAUCGAUCUUGGUGCGCGAUACGACCCCGGUAUUGGUAUCUUCGGGAUGGAUUUCUUCGUCGUGAUGGGUCGGCCAGGUGCGCGGGUAGCGAGGCGGAAGCAGAGGAAAGCGCGCAUUGGUUCCCAGCAUCGCGUCAAGAAGGAGGACACAAUGGCGUGGUUCAAGCAGCGAUUCGAUGGUAUCAUUUUGGCGAAGUAG